UACUCGGUCCGGAAAGAAAAAGGGGUGUCUCAUAUAUCGGGUCUUUACACACCCACAUCAGCGAAAGAAUACUCCGGAGUAGUGGAAGGAUCCCGAAGGUAGUAGAGUGGUAAAGAUAUAAGAAACACCGUCAAAUUGAUCCACGACCACCCGUUCUGGGAAAGGCGAAAUUUCAUGAUGUCGCGACUACUCUCUCUGAUUGUAGCUCUGCUAAGGCCAGCGGCGAUCUAGGGAUUUGGAGCCUGGUGACGGCCUUUGCCUUAGUUCUGCUCUAGUUUUCAGUAAUCAUAUCACAAUAGUAUCCACUGUUUCAGAAGCUUUCUGUUAUGGCCACCUCCACGUUUCCACCUCCCCCACCAUUUUACAGGCUGUACAAGGAUUAUAUUCAAGACCCCCAAUCUGCUCCAGAGCCUCCGCCUCCGAUCCAAGGAACGUAUGUUCUUUUUGGUGCCAAUUACACUACUGAUGAUGCAUUACCAAGUUUGGAAGAGCAGGGUGUUCGUCAGUUGUAUCCUAAAGGACCAAAUGUCGAUUUCAAAAAGGAACUGAAGUCGCUUAACAGAGAACUGCAGCUGCAUAUCUUAGAGCUUGCUGACAUUCUUGUUGAGCGCCCGUCACAGUAUGCCAGGAAAGUAGAGGACAUAUCUCUUAUAUUCAAGAACAUGCAUCACCUUCUCAAUUCUCUGCGUCCUCACCAGGCCAGAGCAACGUUGAUUCACAUGCUUGAACUUCAGAUACAACGUCGUAAACAAGCCGUAGAGGACAUCAAGAGGAGGAGGGAAGAGGCACAAAGAAUUCUUAAGGAGGCACUAGCAAAAUUGGAUGGACAGUAACUUGUGUGAGAUUGGUUGUUAAUGUGUUAUAGAUUACUCUACUUGGUAAACAUGUUCUCCUAUUUGACAAGCUACAAGCAAGAUUAGUCAAGACGAUAGACGUAGAUGAAUAUUCUGAUGGUCCUAAAUGGUGUAUGUUUCGAUAGGUGGUGUAUACUGUUAACUAGAGAUAUUUGUAUUGAAUGUGAAGUGAUCAUAUAAGUUAAA